CUUCACAGACACGACAACUUUAAUCAACAUCUCGGUCAAACAGGUGUUCGCCAUCUGUUGAACGCUCCUUCAUAGACACAUCGGCUUCUUCCCGGACCUUCACUGCUCAAUAAUACACUUCCUCCCUUCCGUCCGGCGGUGUCUUGUCAUUCAUCCCCUUCUCGUCACGGUGUUUUCCCCCCCUUACCAUCUACAAUUAUUUUCAACCAUCCCUUCGACCUACCCUUCGAUUUCGAGAGUUGGCACCUAACAUCCCAUGCCAACCAUUGCCACUACUAAUUAGACGAUACCCGGCAUUCUCCUCCUCCAUAUCAUUUCCCCUGAACAGUGGUCGGUUGAACAACAUCGACACCAUGCGUCCCGAAGUCGAGCAGGAGCUUGCACACACGCUCCUCGUUGAGCUUCUCGCCUACCAAUUCGCCUCACCGGUAAGAUGGAUCGAAACGCAAGAUGUCUUCCUCGCCGAGAAGACAGCCGAGCGUAUCGUCGAGAUCGGUCCGGCCGACACUCUUGGCGUAAUGGCAAAGAGAACACUUGCCUCGAAGUACGAAGCAUACGACGCCGCGAAGUCCGUCCAACGACAGAUUCUCUGCUACAACAAGGACGCAAAGGAGAUCUACUACGAUGUAGAUCCGGUAGAGGACGAGCCAGAGCCCGCGGCUGCACCGGCUGCUAGCUCACCUGCCGCCCCUUCAGCCCAGGCUGGUGCUCCGGCGGCUGCCCCUCCCCCGAGUGCAGGCCCCGCUACCCAGGUCCCCGAUGCUCCAGUCCCGGCCGUGGAUAUUGUCCGAUCCCUCAUCGCGCAGAAGCUGAAGAAGCCACUGCUUGAGGUCCCUUUGAGCAAGGCGAUCAAGGACUUGGUUGGAGGCAAAUCGACGUUACAGAACGAGAUUCUUGGUGAUCUCGGAAAGGAGUUCGGAUCGACUCCUGAGAAGCCCGAAGACAUCCCGCUUGACGAACUGGGUGCCUCGAUGCAGGCCACCUUCGACGGCAACCUUGGCAAAACAUCCCAGGGUCUAAUCGCCCGCCUCAUCUCCUCCAAGAUGCCCGGAGGCUUCAACAUCACAACUGCUCGGAAAUACCUCGAGACACGAUGGGGCCUGGCAUCUGGCCGGCAGGAUGGUGUUCUGCUGCUUGGCAUAACGAUGGAGCCGCCUGCUCGCCUUGGGUCCGAGAGUGACGCCAAGGCGUUCUUGGACGACGUCUCGCAGAAGUAUGCCGUCAAUGCCGGCAUCAGUCUUUCCACUGCUGCGGCGGCUGGGCCGGCUGCUGGUGCCAGUGGCGGGAUGAUGAUGGAUCCGGCUGCCAUUGACGCACUGACGAAGGAUCAGAGAGCCCUGUUCAAGCAGCAGCUCGAGCUCUUGGCCAGGUAUCUCAAGAUGGACCUGCGUGCUGGAGACAAGGCCUUCCAGGCGUCCCAGGACUCGUCAAAGGUCCUCCAGUCGCAACUCGAUCUCUGGAUGGCCGAGCAUGGUGAUUUCUAUGCUUCCGGCAUCGAGCCAGUCUUCAGUCCUCUCAAAGCCCGUGUCUACGACUCGUCCUGGAACUGGGCAAGACAGGAUGCACUCACCAUGUAUUUCGAUAUCAUCUUCGGAAGGCUCCGGGCCGUUGAUCGAGAGAUCGUCAGCCAGUGCAUCCGCAUCAUGAACCGGUCCAACCCGACUCUGCUGGAGUUUAUGCAGUAUCAUAUCGACAACUGCCCGACUGAGCGAGGCGAGACCUACAAGCUUGCCAAGGAACUCGGUGUUCAGCUAAUUGAGAACUGCCGCGACGUUCUCGAUAUUCCUCCCGUCUACAAGGACGUCGCCGUCCCUACCGGCCCGCGGACGACGGUGGACGCGCGGGGCAAUUUGAGCUACGAAGAAGUGCCCCGUGUCAGUUGCCGAAAGUUGGAGCAUUAUGUCCAGCAGAUGGCAGAGGGCGGUAAGAUCUCGGAAUACGGCAAUCGCACCAAGGUCCAGAAUGAUCUGUCCCGCAUUUACAAGCUCAUCAAGCAGCAACACAAGCUCUCCAAGACUUCUCACCUCGAGAUCAAGAGCUUGUACGGCGAGGUCCUCCGGUCACUGGCCAUGAACGAGAGCCAGAUCCUCCCCAAGGACAACGGCAAGGCCAACGGCGUCGCGAAGAAGAAUGGCCCCAAGACCAAUGGCCACUCUAAGGGCAAGAUCGAGACCAUUCCCUUCCUUCACCUCCGGCGCAAGACGCGGCAUGGCUGGGACUACAGCAAGAAGCUCACCGGCGUGUACUUGGACUGCUUGGAGCAGGCAGCGAGGGCCGGCAUGACUUACACUGGCAAGUACGUCCUGAUGACGGGUGCUGGUGCCGGGUCGAUUGGUGCCGAUGUCCUCCAAGGCCUCAUCUCCGGUGGCGCCAACGUGGUGGUAACUACCAGCCGCUUUUCUCGGGAGGUUACCGAGUACUACCAGUCCAUGUACGCGAGAUACGGCUCUCGUGGGUCACAGCUCGUUGUCGUGCCCUUCAACCAGGGCAGCAAGCAGGAUGUCGAGGCUCUCAUCGACUACAUCUACGACCCCAAGGCAGGCCUCGGAUGGGAUCUCGACUACAUCGUGCCCUUCGCCGCCAUCUCGGAAAAUGGCCGCCAGAUCGAUGGUAUCGACUCGAAGUCGGAGCUCGCCCAUCGUAUCAUGCUCACCAACCUUCUCCGCCUCUUGGGCUGUGUUAAGACUCAGAAGUCCUCGCGCGGCUUCGAGACCCGUCCUGCACAGGUCAUCCUGCCCCUUUCUCCCAACCACGGCACAUUCGGCAACGACGGUCUUUACUCCGAGUCGAAGCUUGCGCUGGAGACCCUGUUCAACAGAUGGCAUGCCGAGGACUGGGCACAGUAUUUGACCAUCUGCGGCGCCAUCAUCGGCUGGACUCGAGGCACUGGUCUCAUGUCUGGCAACAACGUUGUUGCCGAAGGCGUCGAGAGCCUUGGGGUUCGCACCUUCUCCCAGCAAGAGAUGGCCUUCAACCUGUUGGGACUCAUGUCUCCGACCAUCGUGGAUCUCUGUCAGAAUGAGCCCGUCUUCGCCGAUCUCAACGGCGGCCUGCAAUUCCUUCCCAACUUGAAUGAGACCAUGACCAAGAUUCGCAAGGACAUUAUGGAGACCAGCGACAUCCGCAGAGCGAUCAGCAAGGAGGCGGCCAUUGACAACACCAUUGUCAACGGCAAGCAAUCCGAGGCCCUCUACCAGAAGAAGGUCGUUGAGCCUAGGGCCAACAUCAAGUUUGAGUUCCCGAAUCUACCCGAUUGGAAGUCUGAUGUCGCUCCGCUCAAUGAGAGCCUCAAGGGAAUGGUCGACCUUGAAAAGGUGAUCGUCGUCACGGGCUUCGCCGAGGUUGGACCUUGGGGUAACUCCCGGACACGGUGGGAGAUGGAGGCCAACGGCGAGUUCUCCAUCGAAGGUUGCGUGGAGAUGGCCUGGAUCAUGGGUCUGAUCAAGAACCACAAUGGCCCCAUCAAAGGCAAGCAGUACUCUGGCUGGGUUGAUGCCAAGACUGGCGAGCCAGUCGACGACAAGGAUGUCAAGCCGAAGUAUGAGAAGUACGUACUCGAGCAUUCGGGCAUCCGCUUGAUCGAGCCAGAGCUGUUCGAGGGCUACGAUCCCAACAAGAAGCAGCUGCUGCACGAGGUCGUCAUUGAGGAGGACCUUGACCCCUUCGAGGCAUCCAAGGAGACCGCCGAGGAGUUCAAGCGCGAACACGGUGACAAGGUUGAGAUUUUUGAGAUCCCGGAGAGCGGACAGUACACUGUUCGCCUAAAGAAGGGAGCGGCCCUCUGGAUUCCCAAGGCCCUUCGCUUCGACCGCCUCGUGGCUGGUCAGAUCCCUACGGGCUGGGACGCCAAGAGAUACGGCAUCCCCGAAGACAUCAUCUCUCAAGUUGACCCUGUGGCCCUCUUUGUUCUGGUCUCGACUGUCGAAGCACUCCUGUCGGCCGGUAUCACGGAUCCUUACGAAUUCUACAAGUAUGUCCACGUCUCCGAGGUUGGCAACUGUGUCGGUUCCGGAAUGGGUGGUGCCGCCGCUCUUCGCGGGAUGCAUCGUGACCGCUUCCUAGACAAGCCUCUCCAGAACGAUAUCCUCCAGGAAUCAUUCAUCAAUACCAUGAGCGCCUGGGUGAACAUGCUCCUCAUCUCGUCCUCUGGCCCCAUCAAGACACCGGUCGGCGCUUGCGCUACUGCUGUCGAGUCUGUCGACAUCGGCUAUGAGACGAUCAUGGAGGGCAAGGCGCGGAUCUGCUUCGUCGGUGGUUUCGAUGACUUUGGCGAGGAGGGCUCGUAUGAGUUCGCCAACAUGAAGGCAACCAGCAAUGCCGUCGACGAAUUUGCGCACGGCCGCACACCAAAGGAGAUGUCGCGCCCUACCACGACGACCCGGAACGGCUUCAUGGAGUCCCAGGGCUGCGGUAUCCAAGUCAUCAUGACGGCCAAGCUCGCGUUGGAGAUGGGCGUGCCAAUCUACAGCAUUCUUGCCCUCACAACCACCGCGUCCGACAAGAUUGGACGAUCGGUUCCCGCCCCCGGCCAAGGUGUUCUCACCACUGCGCGGGAGCAUGCUAGCAAGUUCCCCUCGCCUCUUCUUGAUAUCAAGUACCGCCGCCGCCAAAUCGAGCUCCGCAAGAGGCAGGUCAAUCAGUGGAAGGAGUCGGAGCUUGAAUUCCUCUCAGACGAAGUCGAAGCCAUGAGGGCCCAAGGAGCCAAGUUCGAUGAGAAGGAGUACAUGACCGACCGCGCGCACCACAUUGAGAAGGAAGCUGCUCGGCAGGUGAAGGAUGUCCUUCGUAGCCUUGGCAAUAACUUCUGGAAGAACGACCCGUCCAUUGCUCCUCUGCGUGGUGCUUUGGCGACCUGGGGCCUAACGAUUGACGAUCUCGGCGUCGCUUCUUUCCACGGAACAUCCACCAAGGCCAACGACAAGAACGAGUCGUCGGUUGUCUGCCAACAGCUGGCCCACCUUGGGCGGCAGAAGGGCAACGCCGUCCUCGGCAUUUUCCAGAAAUACCUCACCGGUCACCCCAAGGGUGCUGCCGGUGCUUGGAUGAUGAACGGCUGCUUGCAGGUGCUCAACACCGGCCUCGUGCCUGGCAACCGCAACGCCGACAAUGUCGAUAAGGUGAUGGAGCAGUUCGACUACAUCGUCUAUCCCAGCCGCAGCAUCCAGACGGACGGCAUCAAGGCAUUCUCUGUCACGUCCUUCGGCUUCGGCCAGAAGGGUGCCCAGGCCAUUGGCGUUCACCCGAAGUACUUGUACGCGACUCUGGACGAGGCGUCGUACAAUGCGUACUGCGCCAAGGUCGAGUCCCGCCAGAAGAAGGCAUACCGGUUCUUCCACAACGGCAUGAUCAACAACACCCUCUUCGUCGCCAAGACGCACGCGCCAUACACUGAUGAGCAGCUCAGCUCCGUCCUCCUCAACCCCGACGCCCGCGUUGUUGCAGACAAGAAGACGGCCGAGCUCACGUACCCGUCAAACUUUAUGAAGUUGUCCGAGAAGAGCAACUCGUCCACUGCGACAAAGUCAACCAUCCAGAUGGUCGAGCAGUUGGCGCAGAAAAUGGAGUCGAAGAACAACAAGGUCGGCGUCGAUGUCGAGGACAUUGCCUCGAUCAAUAUCGACAAUGAGACAUUCGUGGAGCGCAACUUCACGGAUCGGGAGAUUGAGUAUUGCCAGCAGGCGGCCAGCCCGCGGAGCUCGUUCGCUGGCCGCUGGAGUGCGAAGGAGGCCGUGUUCAAGUCGCUGGGCGUCGCAAGCAAGGGAGCAGGCGCGCCGCUGAAGGACAUUGAGGUUCUCAGCGAUGAGAAGGGUGCCCCCAAGGUUACUCUUCACGGUGAUGCUGCGGCCGCGGCCAAGCUGGUUGGGUUGAAGGAGAUCAAUGUCUCCAUCUCUCACUCUGACAGCCAGGCUAUUGCUAUCGCAGUGGCUUCCUUCUAAGCAAGCUGGAAGCUCUUCAGGCCUUACACGUUCCUUUUCCCCAUUUUAUUGUUUGUACAUCACCGUGUAUAUAAAUACGGGUCCGCUAGGAUUGGAAGGGUCCCUCUUUGUAAUUCGAACGUGCCGCAGUUUUAGAUAGAGAGUGGCCGCCACAGUAGAAGUAGAGAUAUCUUUCUGAGAACACGGAAUACUUGUCGUUUA